GUUUUUCAACCACCUGUCCUGUCUCCCACUCUCUUUUAAUCCCAAAACAAAACCCAUCUUCCCCUUUUCAUUCUCACCUCUCACCACCAUGUUCAAAAGGACCAAAACCUAGAAAGAGAAACGACAACUCCCAUUCAAUUACAUUAUUUCUCGAGAGAGAGAAAGAGUAAAAUAAAGGAGUACCCAUCUCCUAAUCACCCUCCUCUUCUUCUUCUUCUUCUUCCGAUUCUUCUUCUGCUUUUGAUCUUUUGUUUUUCCUAGUUCAGCAUCAUGGGUUCUCUGAACUAUGGUGCAUUGAACUUUAUAUUCUUAACGUUUCUUCUUAUAACCAUUGAUUCAACUGCAUUGCCGCAUCAAAACCCCAAAUCUAACUCCACCCAGAUCAAUUCCAAUUCCGUUCUCGUAGCGCUUCUCGAUUCGCAUUACACUGAGCUAUCUGAACUCGUCGAAAAAGCUCUUCUUCUACAAACCCUCGAGGAAGCGGUUUCGCGUCAUAAUAUCACCAUUUUUGCUCCCAACAAUGAAGCUCUGGAGAGGCAGAUGGAUCCUGAAUUCAAGCGGUUUCUACUCGAGCCUGGUAAUCUGAAAUCGCUACAGAAUCUGUUGCUUUUCCAUAUUAUUCCGUCUCGGGUCGGGUCGAAAGAAUGGCCACGUGAGGAUUUUGAAUCGGUAGCUCAUCAUAAAACGCUUUGUGUCGAUGAAGCUGACAACCGUUUGCCGUUGACCCGCGGGAAUUCUGGCGAGAAAAUAGUGGGCGGUCUAGCCAGAGUCACCAGGCCCGAUGAUGUUAUCCGACCUGACGGGUUGAUCCAUGGGAUCGAGCGGUUGUUGGUGCCUCGAUCUGUGCAAGAAGAUUUUAACCGGAGGAGGAGUUUGACUUCCAUUUCUGCUGUUUUACCAGAAGGUGCUCCUGUUGUCGAUCCCAGAACCCACCGGUUGAAAAAGCCGGCUACUCCCGUUCCUGCAGGUGCUCCACCAGUUCUCCCUGUAUACGAUGCAAUGGCACCUGGUCCUUCUCUAGCUCCGGCUCCAGCCCCGGGACCCGGUGGACCACGCCACCACUUCGACGGCGAGAGCCAGGUGAAAGAUUUCAUCCAAACCCUCCUACAUUACGGUGGAUACAACGAAUUAGCAGACAUUUUGGUAAAUUUGACGUCGCUAGCGACGGAGAUGGGUAAGUUAGUGUCGGAGGGUUAUGUUUUAACGGUGUUGGCACCGAAUGAUGAAGCCAUGUCGAAACUCACCACCGACCAACUGAGUGAUCCGGGUGCACCAGAGCAGAUAAUGUACUAUCAUUUGGUACCAGAGUAUCAAACCGAAGAGAGUAUGUAUAAUUCGGUAAGGCGGUUCGGAAAGGUUCAAUACGACACUCUGCGGUUGCCGCAUAAAGUUGUGGCGGAGGAGGCCGAUGGGUCGGUUAAAUUCGGGCAAGGUGAGGGAUCGGCGUAUUUGUUUGACCCGGACAUUUACACCGAUGGGAGGAUAUCGGUGCAAGGUAUCGAUGGGGUAUUGUUUCCUAUGGAAGAGCCGACGGAAAAACCAGCUAGCAAGGUUGCACCGACGACGGCGCCUAAGGUCGUGGCUAAGCAAAGAAGAGGGAAAUUAUUGGAAGUGGCAUGUUCGAUAGUUGGAGUAUUCGGACAGGAUUCUCAUUUUACAACUUGUUAUUGA